GAGGACAAACAUUUCUGCAAUCAAUCAACAAAUGUAUCUGGCAUGAGCACCUUCACCACCACCACAUAUUUAUUAUGUGUUUCUGUUGGCUGUUUAUCAGUUCUUAUAAUGUUUGGAAACCUUCUUGUAAUAAUCUCCAUCAUUUACUUCAAACAGCUCCACACUCCUACAAACUACCUCAUUCUGUCUCUCGCUGUAGCUGACCUGCUUGUUGGCCUUUUAGUUUUGCCUUUUAGCACCAUACUGGCUGUAAGUUCAUGUUGGGAUCACCAAGAUUUACUCUGUGAGGUACGAACCACCUUUGAUAUCUCUCUGUGCACAUCCUCUAUUUUGAACUUGUGCUUCAUUUCUGUUGAUAGAUAUUAUGCUGUGUGUCAGCCUCUGAGGUACAGAGCUAAAAUAAAUGUCCGUGUUAUUGUGAUCAUGAUCCUGGUGAGCUGGAUUGUUCCUACACUAAAUGGAAUAUUAAGAGCAGCGCAAGGAUGGAAUGCUGUGAUUGCUAUAUUUAAGUGGCUUGGGUGGUCAAAUUCAAUGCUCAAUCCAUUGAUCUAUGCCUUCUUUUACAGCUGGUUUCGAUCAGCUUUCAGAAUGAUUAUUUCAGGGAAACUAUUUCUGGGUGAUUUUACUAAGUCAAAGCUCUUUUGA